AUGAAAUACACUUAUUCUACUUUCAUCAUUGUUGUAAUCUCAGCAAUGAUACUUGGCUUAACUUGGAUUGAAGCCGAUGCCGAUUGUUCGAUAGGUGAAGGAAAACGUGAUUGUCAUUCGGGAUCCUCAUGUAGCUCCAAUAACGAUUGUAUAUUUAAGCUUUGCGAAAAUUUUGUCUGUAUGCGAAGGUUGUCUAGCGGCUGCAAAGUGGGAGGAAAGAAGAAAAAUUGUAGAUUGGGUGAACCAUGUGUAUCUAGUGAUGAUUGCCAAGCGCCUGGUUGUGCAGAAAAUGAUAGUGGAAAUACUGUUUGCGUCUAA